CAACCUUUCAUUACUGUCCAUCUCUCCUCUAUUUACAGUCCUAUACAUUACUUACCACCUGCUAAAUACUGAUGCUCCUCUCCCCCACUCUUUCUAUCGCUCCGUCUCUCCCCCUCGUCCUCCUCCUCCCUUCACUCUUUUUCUCUCUCUCUCUCUCUCGCUCUCCCUCACUCUCAUUCUCUCGCACCACCUGUUAGUGCACACCCGUAUGCUUUGGAAUCCACUUGUUUAUGAGGGACUUUUUUCACACUCCUGCAAUCAGAGCUUCUUGGCUUAGACAGUAGGUUCCUACCCUUCCAUCAGUGGGGAACCAUCAGGGUCUUCAAGACCUUCAGAGAAGAGCAAAUGAUUUGUGUGAAAUAAAAAAUACAUCUCUAUGACGGUGCGUAAAGGAAAGAAACUCACCAUCUCCAUCCAGGAACACAUGGCCAUAGACGUCUGCCCAGGCCCAAUCCGACCAAUCAGACAAAUCUCUGCCUACUUCCCCCGCCUCUCCCCGACAGGUGAACCCAUCUCCCCAAACCCUGCUGCCUCUCCUUUGGCUCUCAGCCCUGGCAGCGGGGCCUCUGGAGUGGGGAGCAGUGCAUUCCUCUCCCCUCUGCAGGCAGGGGCAAGGGGAGGGGGUGGGACCCUGUCUGCUGCAAGUAGUGUGGACACAUCAGUGGACAUUCACAGCUCAGAUAGCGACGACUGCACGGCUUUAGGGACAUUAGAGUUUGAGCUUCGGUAUGAAAGAGCCACCAGCUCUCUUCACUGCACCAUCAUCAGAGCUAAGGGUCUGAAGCCAAUGGAUUUCAAUGGCCUGGCAGACCCAUACGUUAAGCUUCAUCUUCUGCCUGGAGCGUCUAAGGCUAACAAGCUGAAAACCAAAACGGUACGGAAUUCUCUGAAUCCGGUUUGGAAUGAGACACUAACAUACAUCGGAAUCACGGAAGAAGACAUGCACAGGAAGACCCUGAGGUUAUCGGUGUGUGAUGAGGACAAGCUGACUCAUAAUGAGUUUAUUGGUGAGUCGAGGGUGGCUUUGAGGCGUGUGAAACCAGACCAGACGAAACGCUUCUAUACCUGUUUGGAGCACCCACCGCCUCUUCCCUCCCCGACAGCCAUGGGAGCAGCACUGCGAGGAAUCUCCUGUUACCUUAGAGAGUGGGAGAAUGAGCAGUUGCACAGUUUGGAGGAGAGGGGUCGCCUGCUGCUCUCAUUGCAAUUUCUGCCCCCGCCCGAAGAGGGAGAGGGAGAUGGCCAUCGGGGGGGCCUGUGGGUCGGAGUGCAGCGAUGUGCCCACCUGGCUGCCAUGGACGUCAACGGCUUCUCUGACCCCUACGUCAAAACAUAUUUGAAGCCAGACGUGCAAAAGAAAUCGAAACAUAAAACGGCUGUGAUUAAAAAGACCCUUAACCCAGAAUUCAAUGAGGAGUUCUUUUAUGAGAUUUCCCUCUCAGAACUGGUCAGUAAGACACUGGAGGUCACAGUAUGGGACUAUGACCUGGGUCGCUCCAAUGAUUUUAUAGGUGGAGUGUGCCUGAGCUGUCACUCUCAAGGAGAUGCCCUACGCCAUUGGAUGGACUGCCUGAGGAACAAGGGGCAGAAGGUGGAGCGGUGGCACGUUCUGACCAACGAACUCCCUCAGAGCACCUGCCAGGAGUGAGGACAGAGUGACAGAGACUGGCUGAAUAGUAGACUUGUAUGUGGUGGGCAUUGAGAUGGCUGAUAUGCCUGAGGUGGGGUCUCUUAAUGCUUUAUGGAGCAGCGAUCCUGGAAAUGACAGAUAACAGUGGGAAUGCAUUUGAGUGAUUCGAACUUUCUGCACAAUAUGCUCUUAAAAAUAAAGGUGCCAAGUGUAACCAAAAGCAUUGCGUAAAUCCACAGAACAGUAAAGCCACAGAAGAACCACUCUUAGUUUACUAAAGAACCUUUCAAUGUGUGGUUCUUUAAAGAAUUUAAUUUGGUUGGUGCCAUAAAGAACCAUUUUUGGACUCUUAAAAUAGCUCUUAAUGGUUCUUUGCAGCAUUUGUAGAACUCUUCUCAAAAGGUUCUUUAAGAUCGUUCCAGCAGCCAAUUCAUAAUUUUCUCCACAUUCAUAAGGUUCUUUAAUAACUUAGGCAUAAAACCAAACCUAAAAGCAAAAUAUGAAGGAUGGUUAUCAGGUUAGUUAGCUACUGCACUGGCUAUCAUAUGCAUAAUGUUAGCUAGCUUGGUAGCUUGAUACUUGGCAGCUAACAGUAAUGUUAAAAGAAGCAUCUGUGUAGUAUUAGCAACCUUUAUCAUGAAAUAUGUUUGUGAACAUAAGCAUUUUGUUCCAUGGGGGGACAGUUGGGAUGUGUCCACGACAAGUUUUAAAGGCUGGCUUCGUACCCAGUAUUGGCUCUGUUCUGUGCUAGCUAUGAAAUUAUUAAUGCAAAUGGUCAGUACCAUAGCCAGCCAUAUGGAGCCACAGUUUAAAUUCCUUUCCUCUGCAUAAAUUGUUAAUAUUAAUGAUGGUUAAGGUGAGAUCAUGUGGUUGCAUGAGUGCUACUUCAAUGCAUCAGUAGCUACUUCUAGUUUUUGUGUUUAUUUUAUUUCAAUUAUUGUCUUGAGACAUAUUAACUGACUAAUAACGAUGCGAUCAUAAGUCGGGUAAAGUAACAUGAGCUGAUAAAGUGACCUAGCCACUGUAAUAUGAGGUUUGAGUGUGAGUAAAGCGACUGGUUCACCUUGUGUUUCCAGGUAUGUAGAUAAAAACUGAAUUUUGUUUAAAUCUUAAACAGGAGGGUAGAUAGAUUCCUGACCAUAACUUGAGGCUAAAAUCAUUUAAAUAUUUAUGCUAUUUCUUAAAGCAUCACCCAUAAUGAAUGCCAGGUUCUGUGUCCUCUUUAAUCAUGGAGAAAAAACACUCUAUGCUUUGUGUGUCAUUGCCAACCUUGUGGUCAGCACAGCUCCUUAAAAGGAUAUACAGUGUAAAAUUGUCAUUGUGAACCUGUUCAAGUUUCAUACUUUCUGAUCUAUCUCGUCCUUGUCCCCAGCAAUUUUCGACAUAAAGUGAUGCACAUGACAACAAUUAACAGAGCCUCACUUCACCAUUCCUUUUUUCACCCAAGCUCCACUCACUGUCUAGUGUAGGCAGGAGAUUCACGAACCCUGACGCAAUCACUGCAACACGCACAAUGAAUGAAGAGACGGGGGUGAUAAAGCAGGAUGAUGCCUGAAACUACUGUCACAUUUUUAUCCUGCCUUUCAAUCUCUUGCUUUGUUUAUGAAGGACACAUAGUAAACAAAAUUGCAUUUUCUUCAAUUCACAAUAGUUGUUAUUAUUUAUUUUAUUUAUUUAUUUUUUGAGUAUUUCCCUUUUACUGAAAGCAUGACUCUACUGGCUGUUAAGAUUUGCUGCAUCACAUCAUCAAAACGUUCUGGCCUCUCUAAUAAACACUCCUACUCACCCAGCCUUCAUAUUUUUACCGUCACAGCUGCCGUUUCACAUACAGGAGAGGCGAACAGGAGAGUGUAACAUUCCUUUAUUAGUGACUGAUUUAGCCAAAUCUUUCAUUGGUGUUAACAGGCUUUUGGGUGAAAUGAAUCAUGCUCUGUCUGCAAUAGAGUCAAAGUUGAUUUUGUUAGUGAAGAAGUUGAGUACACAUCCUCUACAGAGAAGGAAAAUGCCUUAAUUAAGUUUGGUCGCUGUAGAGGAUGUGUUAACUUAUUUCUUAUUUUAACUAAGAAAAUGAACAAAACGUCACUGAAAAGACUGUGAAAAAAGACCUCCUCCUUGUUUCUACGCUCAUUGUGCAUUUUAUCAGCUCCACUUACUAUAUAGGUGCACUAUAUAGGUGCAGAUGGACUACAGUUACAGACUAAUUUUGAAAGAUCCAGCACCGUUGAGGUAACAUAACCAAGAACCAGGCACCUUUAUUUUUAACAGUGUAUACCAGAGUGUAUACCAGCCUCCUGGAAUAUUUCCAUCUGGCACAUUUUAGUUUUUUCCCACUCACACAUCCACUCCACUCAGGAAGGGCUUGUUAAUUAGCAGAUUAGCUGGAUCAUGUGUGUAAGAGAAGGGAAAACACUACAAUAUGUAGGACAGAGGUGUUCCAGGACCAGAAUGAAACAACUGUUUAUACAUUACAUGGGGAAUUUAUAGAAAUAAUGAUUUAAAGUUUAAAGAUUAGCAAAGCUGCACAAAUUCUGCAUUACCUGAAUGCCUCCUGCUUGUGUUCUUAGUAGGAGAGAUUGACGGCUAGACUACCAGUUGCCUUUUGAUCGAUAGACCACCCCUCUUUCUCUGUCUCUCUCUUUCUCUCUCUCAUUGCUGCACGUUUUAUACAUAUUUUGUAACAUCAGAGUGAAUUUGAAUCCUCAUAGAUCCCCAUGUAGCAUUGUCCUCCUGACUGAUCGCUGUAGAAAGUGUAUUUUGCUGUUCAAACGCUUCAGUGACCUCUGCUUCUGGCGAGAGCUGAGAAGAGGCAUGCAGUGCAUUAAACAGGCUGUGUGGAAACAUGCAAUGUGCCUGCUGCAAAUUCACCCAUACCUUGCACCAUACAGCACAGCCAUUGAAAAACAGGAGGCUUCAUAGGAGCCAAGGGACUGACCAGUGCAAGCUGGGUUUUGGCUAUAGAAUGUAACACUGGGAGGUCCAGAUAAUUAGGUGAUAAGGUAUCUCAGAUGGGCUAGGACCUGUCUUUUGUGAUUUACCUCUUCAGGCUCUGCCCACAAAUGCAUUCUUUCCUAGCAACUGUUGUGAUAAGCUUACAUGGCACCAAAUCUAUUCCUUCAUAUGAAUACAGUCAGGAAUACAGUACAGUAAAUGUUAGAAAUGAAUAACACUAUAAAAAUGUAUUUGGACAAACUAAGUUAUGUGAUCUAGGUUGAAUGGCGUUUUUUACAUUCUGUUACGCUCAUCCAACCUCGCAACAGCGUUUACGAAAGAACGCAUUUCAUGAUGAAACAAGUCUAUGGUUGUACACAAAUGUCUGGGCCCCCCUUGUCAACCUGUAUGCAAAUAUACACACAUCCUCUACAGCAUACUUGCCUCUACAUAAUGUGAUGUGCAUUACUGUUCAUUUGCUGAAUUUAACAUACUAAGGGAAAAAUCAUUAAAUGUGGCCUGUGCAAAAGAUUUGCCACCUUUUAAACUUUAUGGAUUCUUUUCCCCCAAUAUGUUAAACUCAACAAAUAAAUAGAAAUAUUUAAGACAUAUUUCAAUUUGUUUUCUGAAGAGAAUGUCAUUUGAUCAGGGGUGUUUACCCUUAGGUAUAGAUCUGAAGUCAAUUCAGAACUGGAGCAGAAUUUAAUCCUAUAUCUGAGAUACUUCAUAAAUGCUGGUCCUCCUGUAAAAACAAGACUGACCAUUUGUUUUUGUAGCAUGAAGCAAUGUUUACAGCAUUUUUAGCCUGACCUGACAAUGUUUUCCAGGGCUUCGAAUCUUGCAGUUUUGAAUCUCCAUUUGCUACUGUUAUUUUUAUGGGUUUUACAGACAUGCUAUGAAAUUCAUGCUAGUUGAUUUUUAGACUGAUAUGUUUACAUGUGCAGCAUUCUGGGAAUGUGUCUGCAUGCCUGAUGGUGCGAGUGUGAGUUUAUAUUGCUGUGUUCUCUUGGUAUUUAUUGCGUGUCGUAUUCUUGAGGAUUUGUGAUUACUACAUUUAUAUGAAGUGCUUAUGUACAAUUUGGAAAUACAACUGGAAUGCAUUGCUCUA